GGAACCGCCAUGGGAAACUGGCAGCGGCGCCGUGAAUAGCUGGCGAUGUUUGCGCAAGACUACGACAAUGAUGAUGAGCUCAGUGGCGACGACCGCGGCCGUUCUCCAAGGGGUGCUGGGGGCUACGCCAGCCGUGCGGCUGAUGCGGUGGAGCGGCGCAUUGCAGAGGGUCGCGAGCCUUUAGAGGGCCACCGUUCCCGUCGGGGCGCACGAGGGCAGGCCUUUGGCACAGCACCAGCUGAGGCGCCGCCCGAGAUGGAUGGUCUCGACACGGGUCCGCGUCGUCAGAAGGUGUCUGAACUGAGGGACUACUCUUCCCGCCUCUGGCGCGGCUCCGACCCUGGGCUACCCCCAUCGGCGGCACUACGGGACGUCCCGGACGUGCCCGCUGCCACGCCCCGUGGUGCUGCGGCGGCGGCAGCGGAGGAAUGUGAGCUGGCACUUUUGACGGGCCGAAAGCGAGCACCACCGGUGACGAGUUCAGAUCCGCUGGCCGGCAUGCUCAUGGGACUUGGCCAGAGUGGGGAGAAGGAGAAGAAAGAAAAAGAGAAAGGGAAGAAAGAAAAGGACAAGAAGAGCAAAGGCAAGAAACACAAGAAGGACAAAGAAAAAAAGAAGAAACACAAAAAGGAGAAGAAGGCGAAGAGUAGCAGCUCUUAACGCCCGCGUGGCCAAAGAGCCUCUGGAAAAGGGGUGAGAUCUGGGUGAAACUGGGGCACAAAUGCUGGUAAACGGCAUUGUAAACAGCAUGAUCUAGAAUGAAUCCCUUUAGAUGUCCCAAG